AUGGAAGCCUUGAAUCAAAAGCCAGAUCUUUCCUCCGUACCACCAUCCUCAUCAUCAACACCAAAUCUCUUGUUUCCAAGUACUCAUAAUUUAUUUUCAAAAGCAUUUUCAAUCACUAGGAGUUGUUCCUUGAUGAUGAACAAAAGGACAGAGACAUCGGAAGUGGCUUCAAAAGAUUUUAAUUGCAAUGAUGAUCAUAACUCGGGUAGAUGGUUAAACUUUCCACCACAAGCAAUGAUGAUUCAAGCCGAAGAAGAGGCUGCGUUUAAUAAUAUGGCUUCAACAACACCAACGGUUUCAUUGUAUGGAUUCUUUUCUGCUGCUGUUGGAUUAUCAAAAAGAGCAAAAACGAAACACAUGGAGCGAAUAUUGAAUGCUCAGUCUUUCUAUCCAAAUGUUGGACACAGUGAUCAAGUGGGAGAGAAAAGCGCUGGUGAGGAUGCUUAUUUCCAAUCCUCACUUGCUAUUGGAGUUGGUGACGGUGUUGGUGGAUGGGCAAAGUACAAUGUUGACCCUAGCUUAAUUUCCAGAUCCAUCACUUCUAAAGUCCUUGCAAUAUUUCUAGAAAAAGAAACCAAAAUAUUUAAUUUUAUUCAAAAUACUAACUUUCAGGAAACAACAGAAACAACCGGAUGGUCUUGGUGGGGUAAAUCACCCACAGAAAGAAAUCCAAAACUCAUUAUCAAAGAGUCACCGGUGGAAAUUCUAAGCAGGGUUUUUGCUGAUAUUAAAACUAGUGGAUCAAUUCGAGCAGGCUCUACUACAUUUUCUAUGGUCAUGAUUUCUGAUUUGGAAAAAGGAAUAAUGCAAUCGUUAAAUGUUGGUGACAGCGGCUUUGUCAUUAUCCGAGAUGGAAUGGUUGUAUUCCGAAGUAAGACUCAGCAGCACAGAUUCAAUGCUCCUUAUCAGCUCACUAUUUGUCCUCCUGAAAGGAAUGGUUCGUGCAUCGAGAAUCAACCUAGGGAUGGAGAUUUACAGGAACACAAAAUUCAAGAUGGUGACAUUAUUGUAAUGGGAACUGAUGGAUUAUUUGACAAUUUAUUUGAUUGGCAAAUUCUACAAGUAAUUAACCAAGGACAAACCUUGUGGAGUGAACAAAAACAAGCUGAUCUGCUGAAAAAAGUUGCAGUCGGAAAUGUACAAGCCAUCAAUGAGCUUAAUCAAUUUUUACUCUCCAAAGCAAGACAAAUAGCCACUCUGGCCAGAGUUGUAAGCUUGUCAGAGAAUCCAUAUACGUUCACACCAUUUUCCAAAGCGUACACUGAAGCAACAGGACGUCAUGUCAGCGGUGGAAAACCAGAUGACAUUACUGUCAUUGUUGCCAUGGCACUAAAACGAAAACUACAACUUGAAUUACUUUCGAAAAAUCAGGACAAACAGUAA